AUGCGUUUCAAGAGCCAGAUUAAGAAUGUGAACUUGUUUGCCAAGUUCUGCGCUUCUUUGGCCUCCCUGGGCCAGAUUGCCUGGUGCCGGCUGAACGACGAUGAUGUGCAGUUCACUAUCGUCCCCGACAAGGGGAGCCAGGUCUGGUCGGUUCUGAAGCCCGAGACGGUCUUCGAGACAUACAUCCUCCAGUCAGCAUCCCCCAAGAACACCAUCAACCUCGAGGUGCCUAUUCAGGCACUGUCAAGGGCCCUCAAAUCGGCCUACAAUGCGACGUCCACUCAGAUCCGACUGACCAAGAAGGACAACGUUCCUAUGCUGUCAUUGACGAUUGUGACUACUACAUUCACCGGUGGUACUAAUGUCGUUGCCCUGCCGCCGUCGACUUCGACUUUCGAGGAGGGCGACGCCUUCGACUUUUCCGAAAGUGGGUUAUCUCAAGCCAACGGCGCCAGAGAACGAGAGACCGUCAUUACCCAGGAUAUCCCAGUCAAGGUCCUCACGAUGGAGGUGGUGGAAAGGAUCCAUCAGCCCCGGACUCAGGAACCUGAUGUCAACAUCUUUCUGCCUCCGUUGGCGCAGAUCAAGACUAUAUCUGACAGAUUCACCAGGCUUGCCCUGGCCACUACCAAAGCCUCUGCAAACACGAGUCCACGCCUCGAACUCAGUGCGAAUAUGCAUGGUUCGUUGAAGAUCUCCGUAAAGACGGACGCUCUGAAUAUUACCAGCCGUUGGACCGGACUAGCCAACCCUGAAUUAGAUCCGGCACAUUUCCCAGAUGGUUCGCAGGGUGUAAGGGACCACCCAAGCACCAGAAUGAAGGAAUUGGGCGGGCCGACUGGCGAAAACGAAGCGGGAUGGUCCAAGGUCAGGAUCGAUGCCAAAGAUUGGUCAAGAGUUCUCAGCGUCGGUAGGGUGAGUGCUCGUGUUAUUGCUUGCUUCAUCAACGAGGGCGGGUUGGUGUUGUAUGUCUAUCUGCCAAAUGAUGAAAAUGGGAGUGAAGAUGAGUCGUGUUUGACGUACUACAUCAGCUCUUUCGCCGCAUGA